AUGCAGAGGUCGCCAUUCGCUCCUGUACCAGCACAGUCUCCUCCACUUCACCAUCCUGUACCGCAGCAUGUGUCGACAGUCCCUAUGAUGCGCUCGCCGCCACCGCCGACUUCUCAAUCACAUCAUUCAGGAUAUGAUAAUCCCUAUCAGCCAGCCCCUGCCCAGGGGGGUAGCGGCACCUUUGCGCCCAAUUUUGGAGGCUUUAUGACCGAUCCAACGGCCCAAAUGGGGUUCCAAGUUGGCAAGACAGCGAUGAUGGCAGGUCAGGAAUACAUGGAACAAAAUUUCAACCGUUAUGUUUCGAUUCCGGCGCUUAAACACUACUUCAAUGUAUCCAAUUCAUACGUUUUGAGAAAAAUCUCCCUCGUGUUAUUCCCUUGGUAUCACAAGCCUUGGUCACGACAGCAAACUCGGAUGGCCACUGCGGGACCCGAUGGUCAAUUGCAACAGCAACAUUAUGCCUCUGUUUUCCUUCCCCCGCGUGACGAUCUAAAUUCGCCUGAUAUGUAUAUACCUACUAUGGCGUUCGUUACGUAUAUUUUGCUCUGCACUGUCAUGGCUGGGCUACGUGGCAGCUUCCAUCCUGAACUAUUAGGCUCUAUAACCACCACGGCUUUGGCUGUUGUGGUAUUCGAGAUCCUAUGUUUGAAGGUAGCCAUGUACAUUCUCAGCAUCAGCAAUGAUUCUCAAUUACUGGAUUUAGUAGCCUACUCCGGUUACAAAUUUGUUGGAAUCAUCGUCACCUUAUUGGGUGCCGGUAUCAUCACUCCGGGACGAGGAACUGCCAGCUGGGUAGGCUGGGUGGUAUUCAUCUAUACUUUCCUUGCUAAUGCAUUUUUCUUGCUCCGAUCGCUGAAAUAUGUUCUACUUCCCGACUCAACCGGCGAUGUGCCAAUGCGUGCAGGAACCAUGCACACUGUCGCCCGUUCCCAGCGCAAUCGCCGGACGCAGUUCCUCUUCAUAUAUUCCUACGUCGUCCAAUUCAUCUUCAUGUGGGUUCUCUCAAGAGAAGGGCCACCUGCUUCAAAAGCAGCUGCAUCCUGA